GGAAGCCCUUCUUUGAGACAAAUGACUAUGAUGAGAGAAAAGGGAAGACGGCAAGCCAUUAGAGGUCCAGCUUUUAUGUUUAAUGACAGGGGCACAAGCCUCACAGCUGAAGAAGAACGUUUUCUGGAUGCUGCAGAAUAUGGGAACAUUCCUGUGGUGCGCAAAAUGUUGGAAGAGUCAAAAACAUUAAAUGUGAAUUGCGUUGACUAUAUGGGCCAAAAUGCCUUGCAGCUUGCUGUAGGAAAUGAACACCUUGAAGUGACAGAACUUUUGUUAAAGAAGGAGAAUCUGGCACGAAUUGGAGAUGCUUUGUUACUUGCAAUCAGCAAAGGAUAUAUCCGGAUUGUGGAAGCAAUCUUGAAUCAUCCUGGGUUUGCAGCUAGUAAGCGGCUGACUCUGAGCCCCUGUGAGCAGGAACUCCAAGAUGAUGACUUUUAUUCCUAUGAUGAAGAUGGCACCCGCUUCUCCCCAGACAUCACACCCAUCAUUUUAGCUGCUCAUUGUCAGAAGUAUGAGGUGGUACACAUGCUGCUAAUGAAAGGGGCAAGGAUAGAGAGGCCCCAUGAUUAUUUCUGUAAGUGCAAUGAUUGCACUGAGAAACAGAAGAUAGAUUCUUUUAGUCAUUCUAGAUCAAGAAUAAAUGCAUACAAAGGAUUGGCCAGUCCAGCCUAUCUGUCCUUGUCUAGUGAAGAUCCAGUCCUCACUGCUCUAGAACUUAGCAAUGAGCUUGCCAAACUGGCUAAUAUUGAAAAAGAAUUCAAGAAUGAUUACCGUAAGUUGUCUAUGCAAUGCAAGGACUUUGUUGUUGGUGUCCUUGAUCUCUGUCGGGAUUCUGAAGAGGUGGAAGCCAUUCUAAAUGGAGAUUUGGAAGCAGAGCCAGUUGAAAUUCAGAGGCACAGGGCUUCACUGAGUCGUGUCAAACUGGCUAUUAAAUACGAAGUCAAAAAGUUUGUAGCCCAUCCUAACUGUCAGCAACAGCUGUUGACCAUCUGGUAUGAAAACCUUUCAGGAUUAAGGGAACAGACCAUAGCUAUCAAGUGUCUAGUUGUGCUGGUGGUUGCAUUGGGCCUUCCAUUUCUUGCCACAGGAUACUGGAUUGCACCAUGUAGCAGGCUUGGGAAAAUUCUUCGGAGUCCAUUUAUGAAAUUUGUGGCACAUGCGGCCUCCUUCAUUAUUUUCUUGGGACUACUAGUAUUUAAUGCUUCAGAUAGAUUUGAAGGCAUCUCAGUAUUACCAAAUGAAACAGUUAUUGAUUACCCAAAACAGAUUUUUCGAGUUAAGACAACUCGGUUCACUUGGACAGAGAUGCUGAUCAUGAUAUGGGUGCUUGGAAUGAUGUGGUCUGAGUGUAAAGAGCUCUGGCUAGAAGGACCCCGUGAAUAUAUUCUGCAGCUUUGGAAUGUUCUUGAUUUUGGAAUGUUAUCUAUUUUUAUUGCUGCUUUCACAGCUAGAUUGUUGGCCUUUUUACAAGCUACAAAAGCACAGAACUAUGUGGACAAAUAUAUCCAGGAGACAGAUCUCUCUGUGGUCACACUUCCACCAAAUAUAGAGUAUUUUACUUAUGCUAGAGAUAAAUGGCUUCCAUCUGAUCCACAAAUCAUAUCGGAAGGUCUUUAUGCAAUUGCUGUUGUGCUUAGUUUCUCUCGGAUUGCUUAUAUUUUACCUGCAAAUGAGAGUUUUGGACCACUGCAGAUUUCACUUGGAAGAACUGUUAAAGACAUUUUCAAGUUUAUGGUUCUUUUUAUUAUGGUAUUUCUUGCCUUUAUGAUUGGGAUGUUCAUACUGUAUUCUUACUAUCUUGGAGCCAAAGUAAAUGCAGCAUUUACUACUGUUGAAGAAAGCUUUAAGACUUUAUUUUGGUCAAUAUUUGGCUUAUCAGAAGUUACAUCCGUUGUCCUCAAAUAUGAUCAUAAGUUCAUCGAAAAUAUUGGUUAUGUCUUGUAUGGAAUAUAUAAUGUAACAAUGGUUGUGGUUUUACUCAACAUGCUGAUUGCAAUGAUUAACAGUUCAUAUCAAGAAAUAGAGGAUGACAGUGAUGUGGAGUGGAAAUUUGCUCGUUCUAAACUCUGGUUAUCCUACUUUGAUGAUGGAAAAACCCUACCACCCCCAUUCAGUCUUGUACCAAGUCCCAAAUCGUUCUUUUAUUUCUUCAUGAAGAUCAUUAAAUUAUUGAGGUGCAGAAGGAAAAGAUUACAGAAAGACAUGGAAAUGGGAAUAGGUAAUUCAAAAUCCAGGCUAAAUCUCUUUUCUCAGUCCAACUCAAGAGUUUUUGAAUCACACAGUUUUAACAGCAUUCUCAAUCAACCUUCACGCUAUCAGCAAAUCAUGAAGAGACUUAUAAAACGAUACGUUUUGAAAGCCCAGGUAGACAAGGAAAAUGAUGAAGUCAAUGAAGGUGAAUUAAAGGAAAUUAAACAAGAUAUUUCUAGUCUUCGCUAUGAACUGUUGGAAGACAAAUCUCAAGCAACAGAGGAAUUGGCAAUUCUUAUACAUAAAUUAAGUGAAAAACUCAACCCAAAUAUAUCAAGAUGUGAAUGAUCCCAAAUGACAUUUUCAAGAUUACCUGGAUUUUCACUAUAGCACAAGCAUUGGCAAUAAUAUUUCUGAGUGAUUCAUACUUGAAAAAUAUGUAGAUUUUUAGUACUAAAUGACUUUAUGUACAGCUUCAUUUGAAAUACAGUCUUAGAAAAUUUUAUAAAUUUACACACAAACAAUUUAAGUUUAUUUAAGGUAUAAAACAUAUUUGGCAUUUAUUUAAUACUGUACAAUUGUACCUAAAUAAUUUUUCAUUGCUAGUAGUUCUAUUAGUAAAAUGAAUAUUUGUAGCAAAUGAAAAAGAUUAAUAUUGUAGAUUAAAAUUUUAGGAUGGUACUGCAUGUCUGUUCUUAUCUUAUUGCUGUGAACAAUUUUUAUGAUACAAUACCAAAAGUUCAGCCAGCUCAGGAGGGAUUACUUGAAAUGAAUUAUCAAGAGUUAAGCAUGAUCAUUUUAAAGAUAUAAUCUUUCUAAAAUUAAUGGAUUGUUUCAGGAACUAGUUGUGCCUAGUAUAGAUCCACUCAAAUUAGCUAGAACUGCUUUGAGUUUCACUGAUUUCAGUGAGUCCAUUGUAAUGUCUGAUCUUAUGCAUGCUUACUUAGAAGUAGGCCAUUAAGUUCAAUAGUUUGUACUACUAUGUACAGAACUGAAAAUGCUUUAACUACUUAUCCAGGGCUACUAUAAAAGCUAGUUUGGUGUGGUGGUUAAGAUGCCAGGCUAGAAACUGGGAGACUGUAAGUUUAGUCCCAUUUUAGGCACAUAGGCUUGUGAGAGUUCUUGGGCCUGUCACUUUUUCUGAGACUUAGGAAAGAGGUAAUGCAGGGGUGGGAUUCAACCGGUGUUACUACCGGUUCAGUCAGAGUGCAUUUUGCAUGCACUUGCUUUGCG